AGCGCGCGCGCGUCUCGGGGCGGCCGGGCGCUGCUUCCAAAACGAGGCGGAGAAGGUCACGGCGGGAGGCGCGCGCGGCGCCGGCACGUUCGUGGAGCGAGCGGGAGAGCAAGCAGCCCUUGGCGUCGCACCGCCAGCCCUCUGCGCCGGGUCCGCGCCGCUUUGUCUGCCCGGCCCGAGCCGGCCCGGCUGCGCUGCGCGGUUCGGCCCGGCCUGGCCCCGGGCUGCGGCGGAGGAGCCGCCAUGGAGGCCGUGAGCGCGCUGCUGGCCGGCUGCCCCUCGGGCGGCCUGGCCGGCGGCCUCGGAGUCACCGUGUGCGCCGCCGCCGGCGUUCUGCUCUACAGAAUCGCGCGCAGGAAAAAGCCGACCCAUACAACUGUCAACUGCUGGUUCUGUAAUCAGGACACCGUGGUGCCCUACGGAAACCGCAACUGCUGGGACUGCCCCAACUGUGAACAGUACAACGGCUUCCAGGAGAACGGCGACUACAACAAGCCCAUCCCUGCCCAGUACCUGGAGCAUCUGAACCACGUGGUGACCAACGCUGCCUCCUUCUGUGACGGCCCUCAGCCCCAGCAGUGGGUGAGCAGCCAGGUCCUGCUGUGCAAGAAGUGCAACAGCCACCAGACCACCAAGAUCAAGCAGCUGGCCUCCUUCGCCCCCAGGGAGGAGGGCAAAUAUGAUGAGGAAAUUGAAGUCUACAGACACCACCUGGAGCAGAUGUACAAGCUGUGCCGGCCCUGCCAGGCGGCUGUGGAAUAUUACAUCAAACACCAGAACCGGCAGCUGCGCGCUCUGCUGGUCAGCCACCAGUUCAAGCGGCGGGAGACCGACAAGACCUACAUGCAGAGCUUCUGUUCUUCACCAGUGACUGCUCCAGCCCAGGUCAUCCUCCUCCGCUUCCUCGCCUUCCUGAUCUGCAGCUUCCUACUCGUCACUGCCCUGUAUGGCUCUGGCCAUCCCUUCUUAGCUGCCUCCUGGACCCCUGCUCUGUUGGCAGGGGGAAACGUCUCUUCUUCUGGGACCUCGGACUCUUCCAACACCACUGCUGAUCCAGAAGCCCUGGACUGGCAGCAGCUGCUCCACCUGCUUCCUGAGCAUGUGCUCGAGAAGCUCUGUGAGGCUUGGGACUUUGGCCAGAGCCACCAGAUGGUGGUGGUGGCAUUGGGCCUGCUCACCUGCCUUCUGGCCAUGCUGCUGGCCGGCCGCAUCAGGCUCCGGAGGAUCGACGCCUUCUCCUCUUUCCUGUGGUUUCUGAUCCUGGGACUGCACCUGGUGGAGCGCUAUGUAGAAGUGGACUCCCUCUGCUGGCUCGACACGCUCAAGUUCAGCGCGACCUCACUGUGCUGCCUGGUGGGCCUGACUGCAGCCGUGGCUACCCGCAAAGCAACGGGCCAGCGGAGAUACCGGCCCCGAAGGUAUCUCUCAGGAGACUCCAGUCCCUUCUUCCCCAGCAGCAAUGGACUGGCCUUUCCAUACCCUCCAGUGUCACCCACCAUGCUGUUCCCAGCCCCAGCCCCGCCCACCCUCUUCCAGCUGACCAACCAGCAGCUGUUCAGGUCUCCACGACGCACGUCCUCUUCCUCCCUGCCAGGACGACUCAACAGAGCCCUCUCCCUGGGGACCAUCCCCUCCCUGACCCGAGCAGAUUCAGGAUAUCUCUUCAGUGGAAGCCGCCCCCCAUCUCAGGGAUCUCAAUCCAAGGAGUCGCCUAUAUCAGAUUACUUCACUCUGCUGUCUGGGAGCUGUGCCUCGUCCCCUCUUCCUUCCCCAGCUCCCUCCGUGGCAGGAUCUGUGGCCUCCAGCUCUGGCUCUCUUCGCCUCCGCCGGCCACUCAUUAGCCCAGCCCGCCUCAACUUGAAGGGGCAGAAGCUUCUGCUCUUCCCAUCCCCCGGGGAGACCCCCCACAGUCCCAGCAGCUCCGACGAGCCCAGCCCUGCUGACGGCAGUCUGCUCAGUCCGGAGUUCUCUCGGUUCCCUAGCAAGAGGCAGCCUGUCCAGGGCCUCCAGCGCAUGCGUGACCUGCGGUCCCCGGUGGAGAACGGCAGCCUCUGCAGCGACCUCUCCGUCAGAAAAGAGGACGGCUCGUCCCACUCGUCAGCCUGCGUGGUGGACACCACGACCAAAGGGUGCCUGGAGGAGGCGGCGAGCUGGAGAGCUCGCUUCGGCAGCUCGGUGGUGCGCGGCCUCCUGGCCGUGAGCCUGGCAGCCAACGCUCUCUUCACGUCUGCCUACCUGUACCAGAGCCUGCGCUGAGCCCUGCCGCCGGGGCGCCGGGCCCUCGGACCGCCCCGCAGGAGGGGCUCCCGUAACACACGCCACGGGUCACGCCGCCCCCACCUCUGCCCUCCCCCACGGGCCUGGCUCUUUCCUCCCGCCACCACCAAAGACUGCAGGGCGGGAACCCCACCCUGGGGUCCGGCUCCCGCCCCGCCGAUGUCUCUGGCUGUCGUCCUCCCAAGCCAGUGACUUCGGUAUUAUGUAUUCAGGAAUGGAAGCAGCUGCUGCCAGGGAAAGGAGAGACCGGUCCAGGGCUCGGCAGGAGACGCAGCAGCUGGUCCCAUCUUCCCUUUUUCCCCAUUUUCUAAACAGGACGGCUGCUCUGCCCAGGGCUCGGGCUUAGGCCCUCGGUGGUCUUCCGGGUCCCACCUGAGGGUACUCUGGUUGCUCGGGCCUGUGGGGUGUUGGAGCCCAGGCUUCCCCAGGAAGUUCCUCUGGCCAGAGGGACCUCUACCACUGACCCAAUGGGCUCUCGGGCCACCACAAGCCAGACUGUUGUCCCGUCCCAUCCCGUCUGUGGGGCAUGGCUUUGUCAAGGCCAGGCUGGCUCCCUCGGGCUUGAUUUGGGAGGAACCGUGGCCCUCCCCAGGGCUCAGCUGGGGGCUGUGUUCCUUGGGGCUCAGAAACACAGGCGGGGGGGAGGGGUGCCUUUCAUUCUGGAGCAAGAAGAGGUGGUGGAUUUGAGGGCCCUUGUCCGGGAAGCCCAACAUCUGAAGGAUGAGCACCCUCUACCUUGCCCUCUUGGGCUGCCAUCCUAUAGCAGGCUCUGGUCCCUCUGUCUGUCUCCUGUUGGGGCAGUGAAAUCGACUCUGUGCCAAGGAAGCACCUUCCUCUGUGGCCACCACCUGGGGCCUCUGCCCCACUCCCUCAUCCCUUCACACAUUUUGGGUCUGAGCGGCCAGACGCCCCCUCCCCCCCAAUUAGUGCAUUUUGUCCCAGCUCUCCCCACCCCCAGACGCCCUAGGGCCGAGUGUCAGCUUGCCUCCCUCCCCCCUCUCCUCCUACUCCAGCCCAGCUCUCUUCUUGUGGCCAAGGCCACCCUUGUGCCCUGUUGUUUUUUCUAGGACAGCUCCUCUCUUUCUCCCCACCCACUAACAGUGGGGGGCUUCACUGUGAAACCUCUCCCCAAACGAUCUGCUCGGUCAGAGGGGACAGAUGGUGCUACCUCCAGCUUCUGUGCUUUUCUUGGAGACCCCACCAUCUGGGUUCGGCUGGCCCCCCUGCCAGCCCCCUGCUGCACCCGCCUCUGUUUUCACCCCCCAUUUCUUCUUUUCUUCUGGCGACUGCCGGUGCGGUGAUUUUAUCCGUCUGCACUUCUUUUUUCCUUCCUGACUCUCCCAUGUUGCGUCCCCCAGUGAGCUUGAGAAGGGGAAAACGGGCUUUUGCUAUCUGGUGCUUGAACUCCCUGGGAGGCCGGGCCUGAUGGCUGACGAGACCCAUGUCCACAUCUGUGUGGUGUUUGUGUUCGGAGCCAAACUGGGUACAUCGUUGGGCUUGAGCUUGGGCUGUAUUGCAUGUGUCCACGUCACACAUGGUGGGCGUCUGUCUCAUAGAAUCGGGCCCCUGCCUGUGAGGGAGUUCUUGGCAGGGCUGCAGAGAACAUUCAGAAGAUUCAGAAGGGUAUCUCACACGGUGGUGUUAGAGAAGGGCAUUUUACUGUUCUAAAAAAGCCUUUCCUCUAGGAAAACUUUCCUCGAGGGCUGAGAGGCAGUUCUGGUUUAGGAAGUCCUAUUACUGACAUAGGCAUGCAGCGUGACCCUGGGCAAGCCAUUGGAACCCCAGCUUUCUUAAGACUAAGUUACAGAGGAAUUGAUGAAGUCACAGAUCUGGAAGGAAGCAGUCCAUGACUAAGAGAUUGAUAAUACCACUCAGUCCUAACUAGUUAGCACUUAAAAAACUAGGUUGGGUGGUUUGUUUUUUGUUUUUUCCAAUUUUAGUAAAUUAGUCCAGACAGUGAGGUUUUUGUUUGCUUGCUUGUUUUAAACACAAACACCACCUCUGUUUUCCCCAUUACUCCCUUCCCAAAGAAAUAGUGAAUGGGGACCCUUCAGAUAGUGCUGAAGUCUCCCAGUGGGGCCAGAGCAACCCCUCAGGACUCAGGUGCUGCCUUGAGGGAAGAGCCUCCCCUUCCUCCUCACCCCAGCUCAUCUAGCCUUCAUAGGAGACUCCUUACUGGGGAAGCCAGGCAGCAAUAUCCCUUAGCCCCUUCUCCCAAGCUUUCUUCAUCACCAUUAUUAGUGAGCCAUGUGCUGUAGAGGGGUAUCAAACUGUGUGAGGGUUGGGGGUGGGACAUGGGGGAUGGGAUGGCAUCUCCCAGCUGGUUUAGAGUUUUGUUCUGUUUCAAGCAAAAAAAAAAGAGAAACUUUAUUUUUCUUUAUAAAAGGAAAUUUAAAAAAGAUGUCUGAUAUUUUUUGAAUUUUGAUUUUUUUAAAUGUUGAAAUAUAAAUCUCAGUGCUGUGUUUGUAUUUAUUUAUGUUUCUGGUCAGCAUUGCCAUUGCCUGGCCUACUUGGUGGGCUGGGCCUGAGGAUCCGGGCUUGGAAUUGGGAAGAGAAGCUUCCCACCUUGAGAGGAGAUUUCUCUUGUUCUGGGAAUAUUUUGGGAUGCUCCAGGAAAGCGGAGGUGAGGAAGCUGACCGAUGCUUCCUGAAGCUGCAGCAGUAUUAGCUUAGUUAUCUCAGAUUUUCAUGAGUGUUAACUGUUCAGCCUGGCAGAGCAAGAGAGGUGCUGGACCUGGUUAGGGCUGACGGAGGGCGUGGAGUUCUCUGCUAGGUACUGAAGAAAAGAAGAAAAAUAGUUUUCUUCUAUUUGUUUUGGGUUCUUGCAGUUCUUUUUGUUUUAGUUUAUCAGCACCAUCCAGUCUCCUUGCUUCCUGCAUCUUCUUUCUCUGAUCCAUCUGCAGUGUGGUUGCCACUUCAUUCCUGGAGCAUCGGGAUCUGGCUGUUAGUUCUGUGCUGAAGUCUUCCUUGGCUCCCCAUUACCUCCAGGAUGGGAUACAAACUGCCUUUAAGCCUUUCCUCGAGUGGCUCUAGCCUACUUUUCUAAACUACAGAUUGCUCCCCUUUCAUGCAUUCUAUGGUGGUUCUCAUCUUUUUUUUUCAGUCCAGGAUUCGGUUUUCUUUGCCAUGAGGAACCACAGCACACCUCGGGAUUUGGCUGCAGUGUAAGAGGCAGUGCAGUUUCCCUUCAAUAAGAGAAGAAUUUUUGAUGAAUCCUUUGUAGAGAAGUGUGUACAUGUCCUAAAUAAGUUGUAUUCAUUUUUUUUUUUUUUCAAAAGGUACACUUAACCACACUGGUGUGCUGUCUACGUAAAGUCUGCCCUCAACAAAACAAAUCGAUUUUAUCUUCAGUAACCAGACAUUCAAAAUCUGGGUGCUCCCAGGCACACUCUCAGAGGACACUAUUUCAC